AUGCCUUCCAACCCGAAGAAGAAGAUGUGUAAAAUUUGCAAAGUGAUCGUACUCGGCGAAAGCGGCGUUGGAAAGUCGAGUUUAGUGCGUCGAAUGACCAACUCGGAUUCUAUCAACAAUGUCAUGCACAAAGAUUAUCUGUCGAAAAUUGCGGUCGUGGAAGGUGCCGCUGCUCCGGUGAAGCUGCAGCUGUGGGAUACUGCAGGUCAAGAGAAAUUCGGUGCAGCUCGAUUGCCGAGCUUCUUCUUCCGUCACGCUGAUGCCGCACUGGUUGUAUACGACGUUACGAAUCGACAAAGUUUCAUUGGCGUACUACGGUGGGUGUUGCAAAUUCAGACAUACCGAAGUACUGCAGCGACCGACUCCAACUUCUCCGUCGUGCUUGUUGGCCACAAAUGCGACGUCUCAAAUGCAACACGAGAGGUUAUUGAAGACGAAGGGCGAGAUUUCGCCAAACUCAUCGCAGCUUCACAUUUUUUCGAAUGCUCUUCAAAAGAUGGCACCAAUGUACAGGCAUGUUUCGACGCUAUCGCUGCUGCAUCAGCUAACGGAUCGUCAUGGCAAUUAUCGAAUGUUCCGCUAAGCUUACCACGUACGAUGGACCAGAAAACACGUUGCUCGUUCAGGCUUGCAGCUCCAAGUAGUGGCGUUGACAUCGCUUCGCUAAUUUCGGAUGCGUCAUCUUGUCGUGGCGGUCGAGAAGCCAGUCGCCAAUGUGAAUGA